AGAACUACGAGAAGAAUUGGCUAGAAGAGACCAGAAUCAAGCACCUUCAGGAGGAGGAAACUACGCCCCUUCGCCCUCUAAUGAUAUACAUGAUUUAGAAGCCGAAAAUUACCUUUUAAAAGAAAUUAAUGAAGCCUUAAUUAAAGAAAAAAAUGAGUUAGAAAAAGUAAUCUCCGCUCUGGAAAAGGAAAAACAACAGCAAAAAGAAGAAUUUGAAGAAAAAUUAACCCAAAGCCAACGCUCAAUUGAAAACAUAGAAUAUCGAUUAGUUGAUAGUUGUAGUAAGUGUCUAUCUGAGGAAGAAGAAGUCAAAGAAAACCUUGACAAAGCCAAAAAGGAAAUUUUUCAAUUAUGUGAUAGAUUAGGAGUUGAUAUUUCCUCUCCCUUAAGAAAAAAUAUUGAAAAAUCAAAUACUUAUAAGGAUUUACUAAAUAAUUUAAUUAAAAUUCAUA